GUCGUCAUUUCCUUAGCAAAGAAAGAAGGGGCUGACGAGAUCGUUGAAGAAGCUUGUCCGAAUAAUAAACAUAUUGCAUUAAUAAAAUAGGAUACCAUAGAUCGUGGAACCUUCUGGUUUGUGUGAAGCUUUCAAGAAUUAACCCACAGCAAUGUCGGCCCAAGCUCAAAUGAGAGCUUUGCUCGAUCAACUAAUGGGGACAGCGAGGGAUGGUGAGUAGCAAAACGGCGGUGACUAGCUUGUUAGCUACGUUAGCUUGCUAGCUAAAAGAUGGAGCCAUUCAGAGAUACUUUUCUACGGCUGCGUUUACACAGGCAGGCUAAUUCUGACGUUUUCCACUAAUUUGUCUUUUUACCAAUCACAAGAGAUCUUUUCACAUAAGAUUGUUUUCAGGGCUGAUAUGAUUGGUCAAAAUACGAAUUAAUUCAUUAGGGGGAAAUCUGAAUUUGUCUGCCUGUCUGAACGCAACGCAUAUGUGAGCCAGUGGCUUGCACUUAGCCUUCUAGCUAGCUAGUUUACCAUCUAGCUAACUAGUUCUUGUGGCGUGUUUCAGUUGGACAUACCUUGAAUGAAUGGCUUACAAGAGGACGGCUGUGUGACAUAAAAGCAGCUCAAUCAUGAUCUGUCGCCGGGCUAGUUGUUGUUUCGCGAUUUAAUGUUUGUAUCCAUAGCUAAUUACGUCCUUUCUGGCAUUCAUUGUUGAUAGACCAGCUGGCUAGAUAAGUAAUGAUCAUCUGUACGCCCCCCUGGGGGACCCUGAGUUUAAGUGGUCCCUGAAAAAGCGGGGAUAAUGUAUUUUUACAACACAGAUCCACGUUCUUAUGUUGUUCAGUUAGAUACAUAGCUAGCCAGGGUUGGGGUCAAUUCCAUUUCAAUUCCAGUAAAUUCAGGAAGUACACAUUCCAUUCCAAUUCUCUUAAAUACUUUUCAAUUAGAAAAAAAUUGAAUUACAAUUUGGUUUACUUUCUGAAUUGACUGUAAUUGAAACUGAAUUGACCCCAACCCUGAAGCUAAUUAUAUUUAGCAAGGCCUACAUGCAGUAUAGGAUAACAAAGAUAGCCGGCCCUGUAAAUACUAAAUAGUCAGGAAGGAUAUCUAGAGAGUCUGCAAGUCCUUGACAGGAGGUUAAAACAGUUAGUCAUACUGUGCACAGUAUCUAGUAUUGUGUAGCAUUUGCACAAGCACCACUUCCAUAGUAAAUUACGUAUCUGGCUACAAGGAUACUAGACCUACGAAGCUUGCUGUCACAUAUACGGUAAAUAACAGUAAGUACAGUUAUUUUAACAGUAGCCUUCUGUCUUAGUGCAUUCUAUAGUAACAGCUUGUGAGAUAUGCACCCGGCCCAUUGCUCUACCUGUAUUUAGCCGCAUGUGUCCCACGUUGGACGGUAUCCGUAGAUGGUUCUGAUAAAAACGUUUUUGGCAGUGCCCAAGAAAGUACUACAUCCAAUUGUUUGAUGCUACUUUCACCCCCAAUCUAAUUCAAAGAUGGAUUCACGCUCUUGGAUGUAAUACUUUCUUGGUCACCCCUCUACUGUCUACAACUUUUACGGAUAAGGUCCAAAACAGGUACAGCAAUAUCCCUCAAGCUGUCGCUACAGAAUGCCAUUUAGUCACGGCUUAUUAAUAAAUGAAAAGAUUAAUAAAGGUGUCAAAUUAGGCUACAAGGAUACAAACAUUGAAAACAUAACAGCUGCCAUUUAGUAAGGAUGUCACGUCUACAAUGGUGACAUGUAAAGUCGGAUAAACUGACCUCAGUCCAUGAUUCUUUUUUGGGCUUAAUCAGCCUAACAAUGUGAGUUUGUGUCGAGUGAGUUUGUGUGUGUGUGUGUGUGUUGAGAUGAAUACAAAUUCUUCCCGUACAUAUGUUGCAUACAAACUGAACAAUUGUGGCCCCUUUAUUUUAUUCAUAAAGGUUCAGUGUAUCUUUGCCAGCCUACAUCAAUCUGCAAAGGAGUUGCAGAAAAGCCUCAUGUUCAUCGAGCCGUGAGUCACACAUGAUUUUUAAAGCUGUUAUGAAUAAUAAUAAUCCAAACAAUUGUUUUCUUUCCGGGAAGUUGUAUCUUUUUUUUAGCAUCACAACAAUGGAUAUUCAAAUCUUGGAAGUAGUUGCAGCUUGAAUUAAGACGUUGCCUGGUUGCGUUGAAAGCCACGUUUAUUGUCAAGCAGAGACCAUAUUAGCCAUCGAAAAGCUCUGCACAGAUCUUUACAAUCUUACUUGUGUAUCAUUCCACACUUCCUUACUACAGGUUUGAGCAAGAACUGUUCCCAUUUAUACUUUCCUACAGCGGGUUUAAAACUCUGCAGCUGAGGUGUUGGAGAAUGCAGAUGGGUACAGUAUGUUGCAGCUCGCAGUGUGUAUAAAGCUAACAUUUUUCUUGGGUUUUCUUUCAAUGUUCCAUUUGUGUCAGUGACUUCGUUGGCGCCAACUAUAGCCUAGGCCUGAAUCUAUUUUAAAUGGUCUCAUUUUGUUGAAGUUCAGAGAUCUAGCUGAUGCCGUAACAGCUGUUGCAGUGACACAGCACUGUUAAGCUGGGUGACAAUGUCAUGAGACCAAGGGAUCGUCAUGAGCCUGUCCCUGUCAAUCAUUAAAAACACCCAUACAGUAGGCUUACAACCAUUUGGCUGUUGAUUUUUCUAUAGGCCUAUAUUCUUCAGUUGAACAGGUGCUUUCAGAAUGCCAUGACGAGAGUGUCAAGUCACAGUCUUAGCACAACCAUAUUCUUAAUGUAGUAUCGAGGCUCUGGUAAGGUAAGCCUCUAGGUUACAGCAGAAAAUACAGCAAGCCUUAAGGGACACACCACUCUGGUCCCAAUGCAGGCCCCAUUGUUUACUGACUGGUAAACCUGGGUCCGCUUUAAACACAAGUGUUUUUACAAAGCCACAUUUUGGGAUAUCUUAAGACAAAGUGGAUGUCGUUGAGUACUGUCCAAAGGCACACAUUCUGUCACUUGAUGCAUUCUAGCUGAAUAUAUCUAUGUUCAUUUCACCCCAAUAAAGAGAAUACCAAGAUGCAAUUGUAAAAAUAAAAAAAAAAGGUCAAAUCUUUGCCCCUUUACCCUAAUAUGGGUAUAAAGCUUUGGAUACCUCGCUCUAGUGGACCAAUAGCUAUGUGAGCUAUUUCUGACUGUUGCUUUUUGCAUGUUUCAGGGGACGAGACGCGGCAGAGGGUCAAGUUCACUGACGAGCGGGUCUGCAAAAGCCAUCUCCUGAACUGCUGUCCCCACGACAUCCUCUCUGGAACUCUGACUGACUUAAUCGACAGCGUAUGGAUCUGGGAGAAUGUGCGAAGACCCACGACCUAGCGCUCCGGGCCGACUAUGAAAUCGCCUCCAAGGCGAGGGAACUCUUCUUUGAGCUUGACGCUGUGGAUCACCUGGAGUCUUUCAUCGCUGAUUGCGACCGUAGAACAGAGUUGGCCAAGAAACGACUGGUGGAGACUCAGGAUGAGAUCAGUGCGGAGGUGGCUGCAAAGGCAGAGACUGUCCACGAGCUGAACGAAGAGAUCGGGAAGCUCCUGGCCAAGGCGGAGCAGCUUGGAGCCGAGGGGAACGUAGAUGAAGCCCAGCUGAUCCUACAGGAAGUGGAGAAGGUCCGCAGCAGGAAGCGGGAUGCCGAGGAGGAGUACAGAAACUCCAUGCCUGCCUCCAGUUUCCAGCAGCAGAAGCUCCGUGUCUGCGAGGUAUGCUCGGCCUACCUGGGUCUCCACGACAACGACCGUCGCCUGGCCGACCACUUUGGUGGGAAGCUGCACCUGGGAUUCAUCCAGAUCAGGGAGAAACUGGAAGCCCUGAAGAAAACAGUCAUUGACAAGCAGGAGAAGAGGAACCAGGACCGUCUCAAGAGGCGAGAAGAGCGAGAGAAGGAAGAGCGGAUGAAGACGAGGACCAAAUCACGGAGCAGGGAACGGAGCAGGGAACAUAGGUCCCGCUCUCGCGAACGUAGGAGGCGGCGUUCCUCGUCUCGGGAGAGGCGGCGUUCCUCCCGCUCGCGCUCCAGGGACCGGGAGAGGAGGAGACGCCACCGCAGCCACUCCCGAUCCUGCAGCAAGGGCCACCGCCACGAGCCCAGCACCAGACACAAGUCGUCCAGGGAUCGAGAGCACUCAUCCAGAGACCAUUCACGGGAGCGAAGCAGGAAGAGGGGAUCCUCUGAGCGGCGGCAAGACAGCAGGGAUCAGAACGGGAGGACGGACUCCCGCCGGGCGCAGGACAGGGACAGAGACACCGGGGACCUCUGAGGACUCUUGCUAUCUAUCCAUCCUCAAAACACAACCUCCUUUUCUCUCUUUCAUACCUGUCCACAUAUCUAUAAGGACUCUCUUAACAGCAAUGUCCAGAGACGUUUUGAUUUGACAGAUAUUCCAGCCAACCCACUGUGUCCCAAAUAAAUAGAGCUUAUAUGA